AUGGCUGGAUAUACUCGUGUUGCUCACGUCGGCGCCGGUGGCAGUCUCGGCGCGGUUGUCCUGAAGGAACUGGUUGAUACCGGCUUGGACGUGACCGUCCUCGUCCGUCAAGGAGGUUGUCGUCGACUAAGGUACAACUCUGAAUCUUCCCUGGCGGAUGCCCUCUGUGGCCAGGAGGCCGUUGUGAGCACCAUGGGGUCUCUGGCUGUUGGGGGCCAGGAGAAAGUUAUCAAGGCGGCCAUUUCCGCCGGCGUCAAACGCUUCAUCCCCUCCGACUUUGGCGCCGAUCUAAAGCAACCCUCUGGUCAAAUCGAAGACCUGCUUGAGCAGGAGGCUCGGAAGACAGACCUCUCCUAUACCAUUGUUUACAACAACCUGUUUCUCGACUGGGGUCUGCAGGCUGGCUUUCUCGCUUAUCUGGCCGGAAAGAAAGCCACUCUGUACGCUGGCGGCGUGUUCCCAGUCAGCAUGCCGCGACUGUCUACCGUCGGCAAUGGGGUCGUCGGCAUUCUCAAGAAUCCCGAGCAGACCAAGAGCCGACACAUGAGAAUCCACGACGGCCGCUUGUCCAUGAAGGACCUCAUCGAAGCGGUUCAGGAAGUUACUGGUGCUGAGGGAUGGACGAUCACAGAGGAGAAUCCAGCUGACGCAGUAGCCAAGCCAAACAAGGCCUUGUCUCCGGGCAUAUUUGAGGAUUGGGUUUUCUUGGUGUCAAGGGCAAGGAUCACAACCAUCGUGAAUAGCUUCACGGCCAGCGUGAACGCUACACCAUACCUAGCGUCAGGCAACAGCCUGCUGCCUUUGAGAUCGGCAGACUGA